GGAGGAAUGUCGCGUGAUAUUUUUUUUCUAUAAUUAAUCUAGUCUAAAAGAUUACAUUAUUCCAACAUAAUUUACUGAACUACCAAUAAUAAUCAGAAUCAUAAGCAAAUCACCAUGACCGCGAGGUCGCACGCGUCUAUAAUUUUUCUUAUUUUGUCAUCACAGACUACAGUGCUCACAAUCAUGGUCGCCGAUAACUGAUAACGCGUCGUUUUCUUGCGCUAAAUUUCUUUCCUGUCACGUUUAGCAGAGUGGAAUUUGCCGAUCCAAAGAAAUCAACAGAAGAGAAUCACUCGCUUGCGAAUAACGACGCCAGUGACAGUGUCGUGCGCAAGGGUGGCCGCAAAUUUCAUUAAGUACUAGACGUCUCUUCGUCGUCUACGAGAAAUCGUCCAAUCUCUUAGCAUCAGAUUGCGAUUGGCAGUUCGUUCUCCAGUCUAAUAGUGGCAGUUAGUGUUCGUGCAACCAUUCUCUCACAUUCGCGAUCAGAACCAAUACAUUAGCGGAUUCAUCGAUCAUCAAGCCAUCUCUUUGCCAUUCGUCGUGAUCGAGUGCACGUUACUCAUAUUGUACACCGCAUUUAUACUGCAAUUACGUCCAAAAUUGAGAAUGAACAUACGUAGCACGUAACUCGAGGACAAUUAUCAGUGAUCCAGACGCGCUGUGAUACGACAGGAUAAAUUUCUCGAUUUGAACAAACGGCCGAGAUGGCGAACGUGGACAGAGAUCUCGAGGAGCUCAUGUCCCAUCUGGGUGAAUUUGGCAAAUAUCAAUUCCGACAAUACUGCUUUCACAUGCUCGCCGCGUUUACAUCCGGGGUGCACAUGUUGAGUCUGCUGACAGUCGCAGCGGUGCCGCCGCAUCAGUGCAACGUCCCUGAGAUGAACCUGUCAUCUUCCAUAACCGAGACGUAUAACUUGACCUUUAGCGAUUGGAGUGUUUCAGAGCAUCUUCCGCGUCCCCUCGACAGCUGUCACUAUCUGGAUCCCGACAACGUAACCCGGGAAUGUGACUCCUGGACCUACGACACGACGUACAUCCACUCGUCGCGCGGCAUGGAAUGGGAUUUCGUGUGCUCACGACGUUGGAUGGGCGCUGUAGCGCAAGCCUCUUACAUGUUUGGCGUGUUUGUGGGUGCGGCUACUCUGGGCACUAUGGCAGACAAGUACGGCCGGAAGAUUAUAUUCUACGUAUCUGUGGUGGCGCAGUUGGUGUUCGGGGUAUCGGUGGCUCUUAUAAACAAUUAUUACAUCUUUCUGAUGAUCCGCUUCUUGUACGGCAUCUUCGGCUCAGCCGGUGCUUACAUCACCGCGUUCGUAUUGACGAUGGAGCUGGUGGGUCCGUCCAAGAGAACCGUCUGCGGCGUGUUGAUCCAAUUAACUUUCGCUACGGGCUUCAUGGCGGUGGCCAUGUGGGGCUCCAUGAUCCCGGAUCGCACGUGGCUGCAGAUCCUAUACGGCAUGCACAGCACGCUUCUACUCGGCCACUGGUGGCUGAUGGACGAGUCGCCCAGAUGGUUGUGGUCGCACGGUCGCGUCGCUGAAGCGAUCGUCAUCGUGCAGAGAGGUUUAAAAAUCAACGGCAGCGACGUGCAAGUGGACGCGGCCAAGCUUAUCAGCAAGUCACAGGUGCAACGCGAGAUCAAGGAGGAGAAAUCGGAAGGCGCGCUGGAUCUCUUCAGGACGCCGAAUCUCCGCAAAAAGACCCUCAAUGUUUGCUUCAACUGGUUCGCUAACUCGAUCGCCUAUUACGGACUGACCCUAAACACCGGCAAUCUCGUGAGCAAUCCGUACCUCACGCUGUUUCUCAGCGCCGUGAUGGAGCUGCCCGCGGCCAUCCUUGUGAUAUUCACCCUGGACCGAACCGGCAGGAGGUUCCUCGUCAGCGCGUGCAUGAUGAUCGGCGGUGUAUGCUGCAUCUGCGCCGCCGGGAUGACCGGGCUGACCAGCGAAUUGGCGAACACCGUCAGAAUCGCUAUAGUGUUAUUUGGCAAGUGCUGCGUAGCCGGCUCCUUCGCCGUCAUAUACAAUUACACGGCCGAGCUAUUUCCGACGGUGGUGAGAAACACUGCGGUCGGCAUUGGCUCCAUGUGCGCUCGUCUCAGUAGCACCCUUACGCCAAUGAUCUUUCUGCUGGACUCGCUGGACCCGCGAGUGCCGACCGCGCUCUUCGGCUUCGUCGUUCUUACGGCGGGUUAUCUGGCCCUCUACCUGCCGGAAACGCGGAACCAGCCGAUGCCGGAGACCAUCGAGGACGGCGAGAACUUCGGCAAGGGCGACACCUGCUUCACCACCUGCAUGGGCGGUGGGGUGGAAACUACCCCCGAGGACGACUACGACAUCACGAUGGAACGGGUGGACGAGAGAGACGAGAAGGACCAGUUGAAUAAUAUAUAAAAUACGUUUUGCCGUAUACGAAAUUUACAAGGUGCCUUCGACCAGUACUUAUAACUAUAUGUCGCGGAGCGAAAAAGGAACGUAUUUUAUAGCCUGGCGACGCAACGCGAAACUACUAAGCUGGUAUCAGAGAUAUAUCAAUUAGAGAUACUUAUUCGAUUCAGCUUUAAUAUGCAGUUAUCAAUGAAAAGAAAUGAUUUAGAAACAAUUUAUAUAUUAUAUGUAAAAAGUUAUUUUCUAAAAAAUUGUAUCUAUCAUAUUAUAUAUAUUAAUGUAAUAUUAAUAAUAUCCCUAAUAGCACACUAUAUCCAAAAGACAUUCUGAGGAUAUCCUGAGAGUAUCCAGAGGACAUUCGAACAUCCUCAGGAUGUUCUCCGAACGUCUUCGGGA